CUAGUUUGUAUUGCAUUGUAUUGUAUUGUGUUGUGGUGUUCUAUCAUGGCUCUAAUGAACACAUCACCAUUCCCCAUCCAUUUGAACCAAUCAGCAAAACAUUUUGACCCCAAAAAAUCAACUCCUCUUGGUGGUUCUAACUAUCAAUGGGGUGCUUCAGAUCUUAUCUCCCAUCAUAAACUCAACCAGGUAAGGAAAAUACCAUAUGGAGUUUGUGCAUCAAUAUCUGAAACGGGGGAGUAUCAUUAUGAGAGACAACCAACCCCACUCCUGGAUACCAUAAACUAUCCAAUUCAUAUGAAGAAUCUCUCUAACAAGGAACUGAAACAACUUGCGUGUGAGCUGCGUUCAGAUAUUAUUUUCAGUGUUUCACAAACUGGGGGUCAUUUGGGAUCAAACCUUGGUGUUGUGGAACUCACUGUUGCCCUCCAUUAUGUUUUCAAUGCUCCUAUUGACAAAAUCUUGUGGGAUGUAGGUCAUCAGUCAUAUCCACAUAAAAUUCUGACUGGUAGAAGGAAUAAGAUGCAUACUUUGAGGCAGAAAGAUGGAUUAAGUGGGUUUACAAAACGCUCUGAGAGUGAAUUUGAUAUUUUUGGCACUGGUCACAGCUCAACAACAAUAUCAGCAGGGCUAGGAAUGGCUGUUGGAAGGGAUUUGAAGGGAGAAAAGCAUAAUGUAGUCACCAUCAUCGGCGACGGUGCCAUGACCGCCGGCCAAGCUUUUGAAGCCAUGAACAAUGCUGGUUAUCUUAAUUCUAACAUGAUUGUGAUUCUCAAUGAUAACAAACAAGUCUCUCUACCUACUGCUGAUCUUGAUGGUCCAAUACCACCUGUUGGUGCUUUGAGUAGGACUCUCAGUAGGUUACAAUCAAACAUACCUCUUAGAGAAUUGAGAGAGGUUGCCAAGGGAGUAACUAAACAAAAUGGUAGACCUAUUGCUAAGGUUGAGGAGUAUGCUCUUGGCAUGAUCAGUGGUUCUGGAUCAACAUUAUUUGAAGAACUUGGACUUGACUAUAUUGGUCCUGUUGAUGGUCAUAGCAUUGAUGAUCUUGUUGCCAUUCUCAAACAAGUCAAGAGUCCUAAGAAAACUGGUCCUGUACUAAUCCAUGUUGUCACUGAAAAAGGCCUAGGAUAUUCAUAUGCAGAAAAAGCAGCAGACAAGUACCAUGGAGUUGCUAAGUUUGAUCCUGCAACUGGAAAACAGUUCAAGACCAAGGCUCCCACGCCGGUACUCACAUCAUGCUUUGUGGAUGCUUUGAUUGCAGAAGCAGAAGCUGACAAAGGCAUUGUUGGAAUCCAUGCUGCAAUGGGAGGUGGAACCGGCAUGAAUCACUUCCUUCGCCGUUUCCCUACGAGAUGUUUCGAUGUAGGGAUAGCAGAACAACACGCUGUUACGUUUGCUGCUGGUCUAGCCUGUGAAGGUCUUAAGCCUUUUUGCGCAAUUUACUCGUCCUUCUUGCAGAGAGCUUACGACCAGGUGGUGCAUGAUGUGGAUUUGCAAAAGCUGCCUGUAAGAUUCGUGAUCGACAAAGCUGGAUUUGUUGGAGAAGAUGGUCCAACGCAUUGUGGCUCUUUUGAUGUUACCUAUAUGGCAUGUCUCCCUAACAUGGUGGUGAUGGCUCCUUCCGAUGAAGCAGAGAUUAUUCACAUGGUUGCUACUGCUGUUGCCAUUAACGAUCGGCCUAGUUGUUUCCGAUUUCCAAGGGCAAAUGGAACUGGUGUUGAACUACCACCAGGGAAUAGAGGCAUUCCUAUGGAGAUUGGAAAAGGUAGGAUACUGAUUGAAGGGGAAAGAGUGGCACUUUUGGGUUUUGGAACAGCUGUUCAGAACUGUGUAGCUGCAGCCUCCAUGCUGGAGGAUCAUGGCUUGCGUGUAACGGUGGCGGAUGCACGUUUCUGCAAGCCGUUGGACCAUUCACUCAUUCGCAGCCUAGCCAAAUCACACGAGGUUUUGAUCACUGUGGAAGAAGGAUCAAUAGGAGGAUUUGGUUCUCAUGUUGCUCAGUUCAUGGCCCUUGAUGGUCUUCUUGAUGGAAAAUUGAAGUGGAGGCCAAUGGUCUUUCCUGACAUUUAUAUUGACCAUGGUUCACCUGCUGAGCAAUUGGCUGUAGCUGGUCUCACAUCAUCUCACAUAGCAGCAACAGUAUUCAACAUUCUUGGACAAACAAGAGAGGCACUAGAGGUCAUGACUCUAAGUAUAUGACAUAAAAGAAAUGCAGAUCAUGGAUUUGACAUAUACUAUUACUAAUUAUAAUGAUUUAAUUUUUGUAUUCAUUCCCCUAAAAGUACAAAAUAGCAUGAUUUAAUUUUUGUAAUACAAGGAUGUUAGCAUAUAGUAUUAGUAAUUAGAAUGAUCGAUGCUAAUUGUUUCA